UAGAAGAUGUUGGUUUUAAUUAGUUGAGAAAAAUAUGAGGCUACUCACAAGAUUCUGCUCAAGCUUCCCUCAACAAACAACAAGUGUAGGAGCAAGAAGAGGAGGAAUUAACACUCACAAUACCAAUAGACACUACAAUUCACUCAAUGCAUCUUCUUCUUCUGCUGCUGAUCAAGUCCCUGUCCUUGACCCAUCUUCCCUAUCACCAUCUCUCACUCGUGGCAUUCAUGUUUUCAAUUGCCCUGAUGAGGUGGGGAUUGUGGCUAAACUAUCAGAGUGUAUUGCAUCCAAAGGGGGGAAUAUACUCGCAGCGGAAAUAUUUGUGCCCCAUAAGAAACAAACCUUCUACCAGAGAAGUGAAUUUAUCUUUAACCCUGCAAAUUGGCCGCGGGCACAAAUGGAUGAGGAUUUUUUAAAGAUUUCUACACGGUUCAAAGCAGUUAGAUCUGUUGUUCGUGUUCCUGACUUAGAUCCUAUACACAAAAUUGUUGUUCUUGCUUCUAAGCAGGACCAUUGUCUGGUUGAUCUGUUGCAUGGGUGGCAGGACGGAAAACUUCCGGUUGAUAUAAAAUGUGUCAUAAGCAAUCACGAGAGAGGUCCCAACACCCAUAUCAUGCGAUUUCUUGAAAGGCAUGGAAUACCAUACCAUCAUUUAGGUACAACUAAAGAUGACAAAAGGGAAGAAGGAAUACUAAAUUUGGUUCAAGAUACAGAUUUUCUAGUACUUGCAAGAUACAUGCAGGUGUUAUCUGCCAAUUUCUUGAAAGCUUAUGGCAAGGAUGUAAUUAACAUUCAUCAUGGCCUUUUGCCAUCAUUCAAGGGGGGAAAUCCUAGUAAACAGGCUUUCGAAGCUGGUGUCAAAUUAAUUGGUGCAACUGCUCACUUUGUCACUAAGGAACUUGAUGAAGGUCCCAUCAUCGAACAAAUGGUUGACACGGUUUCACAUAGAGAUAAUUUGCUUACUUAUGUUCAAAAAUCUCAAAAUCUUGAGAAACAGUGCCUUGCAAAAGCCAUAAAAUCUUAUUGUCAGCUGCGUGUCUUACCCUAUGAGCAAAACAGGACUGUAGUGUUUUGACUAUGACGAGAAGAGACGUCGAGAAAGAUUUGGAGCAUUGUUUAACUUCACUCUGUACCUAUUAUUCAUCAUCAGAAGCCUCAUAUCUUGACCGGCUAUAAAAUGUUACUACGUGUGUCUUCUGCAAACUGCAAAAAUCAUUAUUUGAAUAAAAUUUUCAGUGUUUGCUGCAUCUCUAUCAAAUAUAGUUGUACCUGUGUGGGAUUGA